AUGUGUUUGCCAACGCGAGCUGAGCGGCUCAAUUCCAUCAUUGCUGACCUGGACGCUAAAAUCCAGGCCCUCGAAACAGAACUCCAAGAAUUGAAGUACAGGCGUAACGAGAUGAUCCACGCGGUGCAACUGCCCUCGGAAAUACUGUCCCAGAUAUUCCUGAUCGCUAGGAAUGCAACCAGCAAGGAGGGCGGGGAGUCGGGUCUGGGCUGGGUACGGAUUGCCCAUGUGUGUAGUCGCUGGAGGAUGGCGGCUUUGGAUUGCCCGUCCUUAUGGGGCUGCCUGAGCAGUUCCUAUUCACCGGAAUCGCUGGACAUCAUGAUUUCAAGAUCGAAGGGGUCCCCGCUCUCAAUCUACGUGGACGCACCUUCCAAUCGCACCAAAGCCGCAAGGAUAGCGCAGUCAAAGCUACGGAAGAUUUUGAAGCAAACACAUCGUCUACAGCAUAUUUCACUCACCUCUGGGCCUUUCCGCCUUCGCACCAUGCUCAAAGGCCUCCUCGCUUCAGCGCCCAUUCUUGAGACGGCGAAAAUCACCAACGUCGUCGUCGCCGUCGACGACGACCCGUUCGACAUUGACCCCGUCAACGGGCUCGAACAUGUCGUCUAUGACCCCACUCUCAUCGUACCACACGGCCUAUUCGCCGGGGGUGCUCCCAAACUCCGGACUCUGUCAUUCAUUGGAUUCAUACCAUCUUUUGGCCCAUCACCCCCACAUUUUCCAAGUCUGACGCACUUCUGCAUUGGACCUUCCUCUAAGGGCAGCUCUGAAGUCGCGAUCGAUCAACUUAUCCUGGCGCUUUCCAUGAUGCCAGCCCUUCAAAGCCUUGAUAUUGAAUGGCCUAAAUAUGCCCAAUUGUCUGCGAAACCUUCAAUUCCCGCACCGAUUCCCCUACCCCGUCUCAAUCAUUUGGGGCUUGAUGUCCCAUGCCACCAUGCAGCGGACUUCCUCACUCAACUCCACCUCCCUGGGUCAAUAGACCUAGUGCUAAAGUGUAGAAGGACAAUUGAAGCCUCACUUCUGCGCCUUGGAAGUGCGCUGACCUCUUCUUGGAUCUCUCUCCCCCUGAGAUCCCCCCAAAGCCCCUUUACCCAGCUUCCUCUUGACCAGCUGGACAUGUCUCAUCCAUCGGGAGCUCCGAUGUUCCACAUGAGUGGUUCUGCAGUCGAAUCUGUCCCGGGUCAAGAGAAGAUUGCGGCGUCGUUUUCAGUGACCCUCGAAGCGCUGGGUGGGGCUUGGAGUCCGACCCUCACCCGCCUCGCCCUUUCGCCGUGGCCCACUACCCAGGUCGAGUCGUUGUCCAUCUUCCAACAGCCACCAGAUGUCACCAUCGUUCGUGAGAUUCUCCUCGUACCUUUUUCCUCGGUUUAUACAAUCGACCUCGAGCAUCAGGCGGUCGAAUACUUUCUCUUUUACCUUCGGUCAGAUCCCGCUUUGAAGAUGGGACAUCUCAGCACAGGGAGUCCACAUCAAAUGCAAACGGCAUCCUUUCGUUUGCCCAACCUCACUCAACUAUCGCUUUCGCCGAGUAUCUGGAUUACCAAAUACUCAGAGGACCGGUGGCUGGACUAUCUGGCGUCAAUCAGACACUUGUUCGAACGCAGGGCGGCACUUGGAAGCCCGCUCAAUCUUCUCCGAAUCCUCCGUUGCAAGGCCCCACCUAUGGAAGAGGUAGAGAAGCUGAAAAGAGUUGUAGCUCACGUGGAGUUCUGGCCCGACGUGCCAGAGCCAGCGUGGCACGGGAGCGCAGCUGCGGGCAAUGAAGUGAUCAUGUACGCACUGUGA